GGGGGAGGCGAAGGGGGAGGCGAAGGGGGAGGCGAAGGGGGAGGAGGGGUCGGGUGUCGACAUUGUGGCUGCGUGUGCGCUCGUUUGGUUUGCCGUUGGUAUUAUAAAAACGCAGUAUAUUCGAUGAAGCAGUGCAAGUAGCCGCGCAGUACGUCCGUAUCGUAAAUCCCCGCGGCUUCGUGCGUGAGUGCUCGUUGCUCUUGGGCGCGGGUGGGGAGGUACCUGCCUGUUAGUUUAGCAGCCAGCCUUGCGGUAGAUCGAUCGGUCAGUACGUGCGCCAACAGCCGACACUAAGAAAGCUCGCCCCGCGAGACCAGCGACGUUGAGCCUUUCUUCUGUACCGCCAACACAGCAGCAACUCACCGACUCCUGCUAGCAAUUGAACAGCGAGAUCAACGAAGCUUCUACGCCGGACAGAAUACGGAAGAUAGAACGAGCAAAGAUGGAGAAUGGAGGCGCACCACAGCAGGGGGAGGGGAAGGACCCGAGCGGGUUCUUGGGGGAGAUCAUCAAUAGCGCUGUGACUGUCAAGUUGAACUCUGGGGUCGUGUAUAAAGGCUCCCUCCAGUCCGUCGACGGAUACAUGAACAUCGCCCUCGAGAACUGCACCGAGCACGUUGACGGCGCGCGGCGGCGCAGCUACGGUGACGCGUUUAUCCGCGGGAACAAUGUGAUGUACAUCUCCGCCGACUGAUUUCGAGACCUGCCUGGGCUGGGUAGGGCGGUACUAUAUGAGGAGCUGGCGAGAGGAGAGGGCGGAUAGAUGAGAUGAGGGUAGCGGGGAGUGGGGGAGCUGGGGGGAGAAGAGCGUCGAGUCCCGCCAUCUACGGGUCUUCCACAACCACGGACGAUACAUGAUUAGAGAGGGAGGUGACGACGAUGCAUCGCCAUGUGUAGGUGCACACUGAUGCGUUUCUGCACCAAUGGAGCAUUGAAAUCGUUGAUCAGUCGCUCUGCGGUGGAGAGUUGCCAUCUGAGAGGCGAGUUCGGGGGCAUAGAUAUCUAUGAUAUACCAGGAGCAAAAAAAUACAUUUCAA